CCCGGCACCGCCACCGCCACCACCGCCGCCACCUCAAACGCAACCGCCUCAGCCUGUUGUUCCCGCCAAAAGGCCGAACCCUGCAAAGAGCACUCCGCCUGGAACAACACUGUGGGCGAACUCCACAACCAGGGCAGCGACGAUGACGCCCGCGCAGCCCCCGCAGCCCCCGCAGGACGACGCCCCCGCCGCCACAGACAUGCCCACCCUUACGGUGGACCAGUGGAUCCGAGUGACGCACAACAAGGCGGCCAGCGCCGGGGCACCCGUCGUGGCCAGCGCGCGGACGCCACCGGCAGGACCACCGCCCUCGCCGCAACUCUCACCGCCCCCGGCCAAGCAAACCACCGCGGGAACCAGGAUCGAGUCGAACAUCAUGCACAUCCCCCUCGACAAGUCCUUUGCCUGGGGAGGGUGACCACAACGACCAACAACACGCAGACGGGACUGCGUCAGUGACGGAGAUCAACUUAUUUUGCCAUAUCGGGACUGAGAACGAGAGAUUUUAAAACUGAGAAGGUGUAGUGGGGGUAGAUUUUUCAUGCUAUUUUUACAAUGUGAGUUAAACAAAGAACCAUCGCAACGAUAAUUAAAAGUUAACGAUGUCUUUCUA